UCUCCUUCUUAUGAGUUUGGGUUUGUAGUAUUUAUAGAUUAGGAAUUGGGCCCAUCUCCUGUAGUGGCGGCCCUCAAUCAAAACUCAGCUCCCAUCUCCUUCUUUCUUCUUCUUCCUACGGUAGUCUGAUUUGGGGUAUAACAUACCACUGGAAAGCAAUAAAUCAUCAGCAAAAACAAGUUAGCGACUAGUUUUAUAGGAAUAGUAGAUUACUGUUGUUGAAACUUUGGUAGUUCACAACAGAGGAGAGGAACUCAUUCAACACAAUACAAGCUUUUCAGUCACAAACACAGUUGAACUUGAAGCAAAACAAAAAUCAUGUACGUAGGGGUUAGCCGAAGGCUAUGUCAGAUCCAAAGACAGUUACAGUUACAUACAAUGUCGUCCCAUGAGGGUCCAAGUGAGACCUUGAAGAGAAAGAUUGCCGAAUUGAAGAAGAUGAGGAAAAGCAAGAAGAACCUUAAGAUAAAGAAGGACCAGUUCAUUGUCGAAGUUCCCGAGUCCAAAUCCUACCUUGACACUGCUUCUUUGCCUAUGAUUCUCACUGUUGUCGGCGUUGGCCUCUUCACUAAGCUCCUCAUGAUGCACGAUGAUUCAAGGUCGCAGGAACUGAUAGAGCGAAAAAUAAAGAAUGCUCCUGCUGGGCAAGGCACAGUUAGAAUGCUGAGUUGUGAGGAGUGGGAAGAAAUUCGAGAAGUGAGGCCUAGAACUCCCUUUGAAUCCAAGCUUGCGCGUCCUAAUGCACGAAUUAGAACUGGUGAACAACUACACAAGGAGGAUUUGAAGGAUUGGACCAUUGAUGUGCUCACAGAUGCACUCACCCGAGUUGAAGAAACUGCUAGACAGAGUUCCAAGUGACUCGACUUUGAUGCCUGGUGUACAUAAUGAUACAUACUGUUGGAGAGUAUAACACUGGAAAUGUGCUGCCAUUGCAUUAAAUUAGUUAGCCCUAUACAAAUGGCAUCCGUAACUAACUCUAUAAAAGUUUCAGUUCUUAAGGCUUUUUCUUUUGUUUCCCCAUGAUAUACCACAUUUUUUAGUUGAUUGGGUUGAGAAAAGAAGGAUGAUUGAAUGGCUGUAACUUCUUCAAACUUUUAUGUUCACAUAUACUUGGGCUUCUUCGGUUA